GGGGGGCGGGAUCCGUCGGGCCUCCCUCGGUGGACUACGUGUCCCAGGAUGCCUUGGGUGAAGCUGAAGCCGGGAAAGGGAAGGAGGAUGGUCACAGUAUAUAGUGUCCGGUUGAAGCAUGAAGCUGUACUGCUUGUCCGGGCACCCGACGUUACCAUGCAACAUCCUCAAGUUCAAGACUACCACCAUCAUGCUGGAUUGCGGGCUGGAUAUGACCUCCACGCUCAACUUCCUCCCACUGCCACUGGUGCAGAGCCCCAGGCUAUCCAGGCUCCCAGGCUGGGUCUUAAAAGACGGAAGCACUUUCCUAGACAAGGAGCUGAAAGACUGUGCAGGCCGGGCAUUCGUGGAUUCUGUCCCCGAGUUCUGUUUGCCAGAGAUGGAGCUGAUAGACUUGUCUACAGUGGAUGUGAUCCUGAUCUCCAACUACCACUGUAUGAUGGCUUUGCCCUACAUCACGGAACAUACCGGAUUCACCGGGACAGUGUACGCCACAGAGCCGACCGUUCAAAUUGGCAGGCUCCUCAUGGAGGAACUGGUGAACUUUAUUGAACGGGUGCCAAAGGCUCAGUCUGCCUCCUUGUGGAAGAACAAGGACAUGCAACGGCUUCUUCCUGCCCCUCUGAAAGACGCGGUUGAAGUUGUGACGUGGAGGAGAUGCUACAACAUGCAGGAAGUGAACUCGGCACUCAGUAAAAUCCAGCUUGUUGGGUAUUCCCAAAAAAUUGAGCUUUUUGGUGCGGUUCUGGUGUCUCCUCUCAGCUCUGGAUAUGCGCUCGGCAGUUCCAAUUGGAUCAUACAGUCACAUUAUGAGAAGGUUUCCUAUGUCUCGGGAUCCUCGCUCCUCACCACACAUCCACAGCCUAUGGACCAAGCAUCGCUCAAAAACAGCGACGUCCUCAUCCUGACCGGACUCACCCAGAUCCCCACUGCCAAUCCGGACGGCAUGGUGGGGGAAUUCUGCAGUAACCUCGCGAUGACAGUUCGAAAUGGAGGAAAUGUCCUGGUCCCCUGUUACCCCUCCGGAGUGAUCUACGACCUUCUGGAGUGUCUGUAUCAAUAUAUCGACUCGGCAGGGCUCUCCAACGUCCCCUUCUACUUCAUCUCCCCGGUUGCAAACAGCUCGCUCGAAUUUUCCCAGAUCUUUGCCGAAUGGCUGUGUCAUAAUAAGCAAUCCAAAGUAUACCUGCCGGAGCCACCCUUCCCUCAUGCCGAGCUCAUCCAGACCAACAAACUGAAGCACUACGCCAGCAUCCAUGGAGACUUCAGCAACGACUUUAAGCAGCCGUGUGUGGUCUUCACGGGACACCCCUCCCUUCGGUUUGGGGACGUGGUGCAUUUCAUGGAGCUGUGGGGGAAAUCCAGCCUGAACACUGUGAUAUUUACAGAGCCAGACUUCUCUUACCUGGACGCCCUAGCCCCAUAUCAGCCCCUGGCUAUGAAGUGUGUUUACUGUCCCAUAGACACCAGGCUCAACUUCAUCCAGGUCUCCAAAUUACUCAAGGAAGUGCAGCCCCUCCAUGUGGUUUGCCCAGAACAAUACACCCAGCCCCCACCGACCCAGUCCCAUCGCACGGACCUGAUGAUAGACUGCCUGCCCCCGCCCAUGUCCUACCGCCGGGCUGAGGUGCUGACCCUCCCAUUUAAACGCCGCUACGAAAAGAUUGAAAUCACGCCAGAGCUUGCAGAUUCACUGGUGCCGACAGAAAUGAAGCCGGGCAUUUCCUUGGCAACCAUGACUGCCGUUUUGCAUACUAAAGACAACAAGCAUGUGCUCCAGCUCCCUCCAAAACCUCCUCAGCCUCAGCCCGGCAAGAAGAGGAAGAGGGUGACGGACGAGGUGCCCGAGCUCAAGCCCAUCAAGCCCCUGCUGAGUGGCUCCAUCCCUGUAGAACAGCUGGUGCAGACCCUGGAGAAGCACGGCUUCAGUGACGUGAAAGUAGAGGACACUCCGAAAGGGCACAUCGUGUUGUUCCAAGACGUGGAAACCCUCAUCCGGAUCGAGGAGGAUUCGACCCACAUCAUGUGCGAGAGCGACGAGGCUCUCCGAGUGAAGCUUCAGGGCCUGGUCCUUAACUUUCUGCAGAAAUUCUAAGCUUCUCUCUGCCAGCCAAGAUCUCUCUCCUUGGAAGAGGGGAAAUAAAGAAAGACCAGAAAGGGAAGCAGACGACAGUGCUGGGAGAGGCGAGCAGCAGCUGUUCAUCUUCCUUUCCCAAGAAACCAUGACGUUCUCCAGAGUAUGGUUGCCAACUCUUUUUCCAGCAAUCGCCCGAGCCUUUGAAGAACAAGGAGGAAAAACCCAACUGGUGCAGUUUUCCCCAUCAUGGAGCUUACAGUAAUGAUAAAACAUGUACCUGCUGAACUGAACUUUUUUUGUAGCUAUGCGGAUAUGAAAGGGCCUUGGUCAAGCUAGUUGCUGGUUAAUCUGGUCUCGUGGAUAUUUUCACACUUCGGAACAGAGUGCCUGAACUGUCACCGUCAUUUCUUCAGUUUGGAAAGAACAGGCACGUGAUCCCCCAGCAACUUCUGAAGCUUUCGCCAGAUGGGUCUUCUCUCUCAGAUGGAUGCAUGUUACAUUUUUCUAGCACAAGGGCAGAGCUUUAAAAAUAUACCCAUGUCCUUCAAACCCAGAGUGAUGGUGAAUCUUUUAAUUGAUGCAGAUAUGAUGGGAAAGCAACAGGAAGUACCAGUCCGUCGCCUUUCCUGUUCUGCCCUCCUCUACCUAGAGAUUUAACACAUUUUAUUCUCUCUCGCAGCAAACAGCCACCGAUAUUUCUAAAAGAUCUUUUCUUUAGCUUGUGUUGUGAGAUUUCCCCCCUUUUCAUUUCCUUUGUGAUUUUCAAUAUUGUGAUGCUGAUUCUUUUUUAAAAAAUAGCAAAGCCAGAAGACUGGUCACAGCCGACCAAAUUAAAACAGAAUAUAUUUUAAUAAAUAAUGUCACAGUGGA